AUGGCGAUAGGCGUCUCUUUCACGGGGGCUUACCGGGGCCGCGUGGCAAGUUUGUCACUCAUACUACUUCUCAUGGCCAUCUGGGUCUCUGAAAACCAUGCCAAUGAACAGGAAGAUUGGAUGAAAUGUUUUGAGGAUCCUAACUAUGAGGAGCUGUUAAAUACUGCCAGAAAUGGGCUGGAAAAGACACCAAAGCCAAAAAGAAUUGUGAUUGUUGGGGCAGGAAUAAGUGGACUCACUGCUGCCAAAUUACUGAAAGACGCUGGACAUCAGGUUCAUGUCUUAGAGGCUAGUGACCGUGUUGGUGGGAGGAUAAAGACUCAUCGCGAGAAAGAUUGGUAUGUGGAAUUGGGAGCGAUGCGCCUACCUAAGGCCCACAGAAUUUGUCAUGAAUACAUUAAAAAGUUCAAUCUGCCAUUAAACCCCUUUGCCCUGUCGAAUAAAAAUGCCUGGUACUUGUUCAGAAAUAGAAGAGAAAGGGUGUCAGCUAUGAAUGAAAAGUCAAAUGUGUUUGGAUAUCCGAUGCGUCGCACUGAGUUGGGAAAAUCUGCUGAAGAGCUCUACGAGAGUGCAUUGGACAGGACAACAAAAAACUGCACGAGGCUGAAAAUGAAAUAUGACUCAUAUUCCACCAAGGAAUAUUUAAUUAAGGAAGGAAAUCUGAGCAGUGGGGCAGUAGAGAUGAUUGGAGAUUUUUUGAAUGAAGGUGCCGGAUACUAUAUGUCAUUUUUCACUUCUGUCCUGGGUUACAUAGCCUUCUCAGAUGAGAAUGGUUUUGAGGAAAUCACAGGUGGAUUUGACCAGCUGCCCAACAGCUUCUAUCAGGAAAUGUCCAGGAUAAUCCAUUUAAACAGCAGAGUGGAAAAGAUCAUUCGCUCCGGCAAGAAAGUGAAGGUGUUUUUCCACAAGGAGGAUGAAGAUGACUCAUCAUUUCUGAUUGCUGACUAUGUCCUUGUCACAGCAACGGCAAAAGCCACACGACUCAUCAAAUUCCAGCCCCCUCUUUCCCAUUUAAAGGCUUAUGCUCUACGCUCAUUGCAUUAUACAAGUGCUACUAAAAUUGCCUUAGUUUGCACAGACAAAUUUUGGGAGAGGGAAGGAAUCCGAGGUGGGAAGUCCCUCACUGAUCUCCCAACACGAGUAGUCUCCUAUCCCAAUCAUGACUUCUCUGGUGGUCUUGGGGUGCUCCUGGUCUCAUACACCCUGCAUGAUGAUGCUGACUUCUUUGCUCCUCUUAGUGAUGAUGAAUGUCUUGAUGUUGUUAUGGAUGAUCUUUCAAAAAUCCACAACAUCUCCAAGAAUUAUCUUGAAAGUGUGUGCAACAGGCACGUGAUUCAGAAAUGGGCCCUAGACAAGUUCUCCAUGGGGGCCUUUGCUUUUCCUACCCCAUACCAGUAUAGCUUUUUUCUCAAGGCUUUGUUUCAGAAUGAAGGCAGGGUGUACUUUGCAGGAGAACAUACAACGUACCCUUUUGCUUGGAUUGACAGUGCAAUGAAAUCGGCUAUAAGAGCGGCAAGUAGCAUUCAUCUUAAUGCUCAUAAAUCUAUAUCCCUGGAGCUGAAGGAAUCAGCCUGGUGA